CCCUAACCAAACUUACGACAUGGCACAACAACAAUGUCAUCAAGUAGGUCGAGGUCACCCUUCUGUACUCGGAGACGAGAUUUUUAUGCAAGUAGGCGUCGUAUUAGAGGAACUGCUGAACAAAAUAGAGCAAAGUGGAGAAGGAGCUUUAGAUUUAUGUCUCCUCCGCAUGCAAAGACUACAGCAGAUCAUGCAAUGUGCUAAACGUGUUCUCAAUAUACCACAAGACAUCAUUGAUCUGAUCGACAAAGCUAUUGUUCUUUCCAUCAACAUUCAAGAAUUGCAUACAGCAUUACCUCUCAUGCCAGCGAAGACUGUUCAUGAUGGAGGGCGACACAGACCAACAUACGACAUUGCUGAAGAACAACUAAGGCAAGGACAUAAAUAUUGCCAAGUGUUUUGUAUUUGGAUGCAGGCACAUUGA